AUGGCUACAUCUAACAAGAGUUUUCCUUUCGAAAUUCGAGACAUCGAUCCUGAACAAGUUGAAAAAUUGAAGAAAUAUUUCUCAAAAACUACACCUCCAAGCACAUCGCGUUUUGGACCGAAAGGUUACCUCCUUCCUAGAAAAUUUGAGCACGUUGGCAGAGAAAUAUACAACAUGGAAAUUAGACCGAGUGAUACAUUUGUUGUAACUUUUCCUAGGUCAGGUACCACAUGGACGCAGGAACUGGUUUGGCUAAUUUUAAACAACUUUGAUUAUGAAAAGGCUUUGGAAACCCCACUCGCCGUGAGAUAUAUUUUUUUAGAAUUUGAGACGUUUAUGAAUAACAAUGACAUGGCAGAUAUGCCAAUCGACGAAAAGUUAAGAAAAACGGUAGAGGAAAACAAGUUACAAGUGCAUAAAAUUCUAAGUAUAGCUUCCCCGAGAUUUAUCAAAUCACAUCUGCCAUUAUCUCUUCUACCACAAAAGCUAUUGGACACAUGUAAGAUUUUUUACGUAGCUAGGGACCCCCGUGACGUAGUUGUGUCAUUUUACCAUCAACACAUAUUGAUGAAGGAGCUCCUAGACGGCGUGGACUUCAAGACGUUUUGGGAACUCUUUAUCAAUGAUUUAAUUGCCCCAACGCCAUUAUUUGAACACGUUAAAGAAGCGUGGCAAAUGCGGAACCACCCUAACAUGCUGUUUUUGUUUUAUGAAGAGCUUUCUAAGGAUCUGCCAGCAUGUGUACGUCGCGUUGCCAAAUUCCUUGGCAAAGAGAUAACACAGGAACAGAUAGAAAAACUAUGCGAGCACCUCAAAUUUGAUAAUUUCAAAAAAAACAAAUCUGUCAAUUUAGAUAAUAUGAAGGGUACUGGAUUAUGGAAUGAAAAGGAGAGUUUUAUUAGAAAAGGAAAAGUUGGUGGUUGGCGAGACUAUUUUGAUGAAAAGAUGACGGAACAGGCACAACGAUGGAUAGAUGAGAACUUGCGUGAUACCGACUUGCGUUUUCCUCAUUAA